UGUGUGGAAGAAGGUUUGAAUGAGUUUUUUAAUUCUGUUUUGUCGAUUUUACAUUAAAUACUACCUCUAGUACUUUAGACUUUGAUUAAAAAGCAUUCAUUUAUUUAUACAAAGUGUUAUAGUGCAUAUAAAAUAAUGUCGAAGAGAGAGCGACGUACGAAUGCCGGCAAUCGCAUGGCAAAGUUGUUGGAUGAUGAAGAAGAAGAUGAAUUCUAUCAGACGACUUACGGUGGUUUCCAGGAAAUAGAGGAAGACAAGGAUUAUGUUGAAGAAAAAGAAGUUGAUGACAUAGUGGAUUCAGACUUUGAUAUUGAUGAAGAUGAUGAACCUGUAUCGGACCAUGAUGAUGGAGAUGAAAAGCAGAAGCGAAAAGUGGGCACUAAGGCUUAUAAGGAUCCUAAUUUAAAAAAGAAAGCGUCCGAAAAACCUAAGAAGACACCAGCAAAGAAACCAAGAGAACCGAAGGAGCCAAAACAGAAAGAAGAUAAGCCUGAAAAAGGUGACCGGUCCAUAACUUCAGCUGAUAUAUCAUUUGAACGUAAAUCAAUCAGGCAGAGCACAGCAGUGAAAUCUCUUGAAACUCAACAAAGGAUAAAGAUCAGAUCAGAGUUGCAAAAGAAGAAAGUGAAGAAGGUCGAAGAUCGAAUGCCGACACAAGAAGAGUUGUUGGAAGAAGCUCUUAUCACUGAACAAGAGAAUCUUAAGAGUUUAGAACGAUUCGAACAAAUCGAGAUGGAAAGGAAAAAAGUGCGGCCGAUCAAGAAAACUAUUACAGGACCUAUAAUUAAGUACCACUCAUUCGCUGUACCAAUAAUAUCAGAAGUAGCAGAAGAUGACAAAACGAGCCUAACACCUAUAGCUGAUCUCAGCCUUAGUGAUAUCAUCAAAAGUGAAGAAGGAAUUCUUACACCCGGAGAGAUUUCUAGUCAAGACGUAUUGAUGAGUGAACCAAAACCAGACGUAGAGGACAACAAACCGAAGACAGAUGACGAUCCCAAUCAGUUUGCAAGGCCAACUAAGAUUGACAUCGACUACAUAGGAGUUGACGAAGAAGUUAACAUUCCUGAUGUGCCUAAAAAAGAAAUAAAAUCCACGAGGCCGAAGCCUAAGAACGUGAAGUGCUACGAGCGGACACUGCUCACCUUCGAGAAUGACAUAAAAGAUAAAGCGUUCAAGAAAUGCUUUCCCACUUCCAAGCCGAAGAAACGAAGAGAGUUUCUUUGUGCUGUUACUAAACGGCCAGCCCGUUACAUAGAUCCGAUAACAAAGCUGCCAUACAGAAGUGUGGACGCUUUCAGGAUCAUCAGGGAAGCAUACUACCAGCAGCUGGAGGCGCGCGGCGACCGCAGCGACCCACAAACUGCCGCGUGGCUCAAAUGGCGCAGAGCCGAUGCCGCUUCUACUUACCUACAGAUACAUAUUAAAUGAUGAACACUCUAGAAUGGUAUACUGCUCUACCAUUCUUUAUAAUUGACAUUUGUAGAUAGAAAAUUCUGACAGAUACUACCAAAUCUACAGUGUGAAGUUAGCAACAACGUAGCAUACAAAGCGACAGCCAUCUUGUUUAGCUACUUAAAUUAUCUCCCAUUUUUCCUUUUUGUUUGAGAUUUCGAUAACCUAUAAGGCACUUGUCCCAAUGCCGGCGAAAAAGCGGUUAGUUAUCGAUAAUUUUUUCGCUCAAAAAUGUCUCGCGAUGAAGAAAUAUAGAUCUCGUGCCAGUAAUAGAUACACAUAUUAUAAUAUUGUAUGUAUUAAUUGCUGUCCGCUAGCUGUUUACAGUGCCGGCAAAUGCUCUCGUUGAGAGAGCCACCAGGCCUAAUUUUAUUACUCUAUUAGGGAUCUUCCGCCCGAGCGAGUGGUGCGAGUAAUCGUUCGUCGAAAUGGAACACACGCUCAUAGCGACAAAACUAUCAGAACUACACAGUCGCUUGUCGCUCUUCGCUAAUUCUUAUGUUUCUAGCUCUAUUCGCUUCACGCUCAUAGGCGGUAGGUCCAAUGCUUAAAUAUUACUUCAUAAUUAUAGAUAAUUAGUACUAAAUGAUUAUGAGAAUUGAACAAUUAUGUAUUAUUAUGAAUGCAUACUCCAUUCAUAUUAACUGCUUGUAAAUAUUGUAAUUAUGACGUGAUUAGAUAGUUUUUUACCAAUAAAUGUAACUUGAAUAAUAA